AAUAAAUGUUAUAGGAAAUUUUGUUAUCAACAUGUCUAUGUAUAGUUUAGUUAAUAUCCAAAGUAAUGCUGGAAAUUAGUCACACUCCGAUUCCAAGAAAAUUACGUCAUUUUACAAUGUUGGUAUUACUUUAAAUAAAUUACUAACGAGCGCAAUCGUUCAAGUGAGACCCUACGGACUUUUAAUGUUUGUACACUUUGACGUCUGCGUUGUUUGGGGUUGAUUAUUAUAAUUUUUUUAUUUUCCUUUUUUUUAUAAUCACAACAAACUAAAAUAUCAAUCAAAAAUUUAUUUUUACAAUUAUACUAUGAAUUUUUUUUUAAUAAAUACAAGAAAAAUAUUUUUUUGUAUAUUUUUAUCUAGCCACUGGAUAUUUAAAAACUAAUUUGAUAAAUAAAAAAUAUAAACAAAAUAAUGGAGACUGAAAUAUAUCGAGCAUGUGAAAAUGGCGCUGACGAAAAAAAUUUAAUCAUCCAAGAGUAUGAAACGAUAGUAGAAAGUCUUCAACAAGAUUUAAACGCUUGCAAGCUUGAGCAGAAGCGUUUGAGAGAAGAGAUAGAAAUUUUGAAGCAAGAAAAUAAAAAUGCGUCUGACUUAGCUCGCGAAUCAUUUAAACAUGCCAAUAAUACAGAGUGUCCAAAUAAUGCUGGUAAUCAAGAAAAUAUAGACAAUUUAAAGCAACAGAUAUCAAUAAUACAAUCGGAGAAAGAGUCAAUGUUUCAAUUAUGGCAAAUGGCUCUGAAAGCUGUUGAUGUACUUGAGCAAGAAUUAAAAGCAACUCAUCCGUCCGAUGGUAAAACAAAUAAGUAUUAUGAAGAGCAAAUAAAUAGUGUUAAGGAAGCUUAUUCAGAAGCUAUUAAGGUACUAGAAGCAAAGCUUAUUCAAGUAAGAGAUAAUUUCACUCGACACCAAACCCUGUGGGAGUCUACUAGAGAUAAGUUGACUCUUUUUAAAAAUGAAAAGACUGAUUUAGAAAAUAAGAUAGUAUAUUUACAAAAUGAACUAACGUCUAAAGAAGAAACAAGUAGCAAAACUAUUGAAAUUUUAAAGGCUGACUGUAUCAAUGCUAAGCAACAAGUUGAGAAUAUUCAGAAUCUUAAAUUAAAAGUCGACAAUGAGCUGAUAGAAAUGAAAGCAUUUGCCAAUAGACUAGCUGCUAAGGAUCUAGAGUCUAAAGAAAAAGUUGCUGAAGCUAUUGAGUUGAUAGAGACGGCGGUAAGGGAAAAAGAAACAGUUUUACAGCGCGAAGCUCGAGUUAUUGAGGAGAAAUCAAAGUUAGAAAAUCGACUGGCUAAUUUGGCUGAAGAAUUUACCGCAAGGUUAGACAAAGAGUUAACUGAGUUGAAGAGUAACUACGAGAAAAAUAUUCAAAAGUAUUUAUUUGAAAUAAAAGAACUCAAAGCGGAACUGCGAGAUAAAAUGACGCUUAUUGAUCGCGUACAAAGAGAGUCUAGAUUGUAUGAAGAAGAACUACUAAAAGUGCGACAUAGCUCAGAAGAUAUGCUGCAGAGAAGUAAUUCAAGGUCCAUUGAGCUGGAGCAAAAGUUGAAGGACGCUGAGUACAAGAUUGAAAAUUGCGAAGAAACUUGUAGGCGUAAAUACGAAGAUAGGAUUCGCCAGUCUGAUAACAAAGUUAAUGAGCUCGAGGAAAAAUUGGCAAGUUGCAACGAUCGGUUGAGAAGGAAUCAAAUGUACAGCAUGAGAGAUGUUGAGGAUCGGGUCAAAGAAGCUGACGACAGAACCAAAGAUGCUUUUGAGAGGUAUGCUGGUCUUGAAAAACGUUUUGCGCGGGCUCUCGAAGAACGCGAUGGUAUUUCAAAUGAGCUGAGAACACUACAACUAACUUUUGAUCGCGAAAUAACUCGGCGUGAUAACGAACGUCGUUUGCUGGACUCCCGUGUGAGGGAACUGCAAGAAGAACUGCGAAAAGCUAAUGAUUUAGCUGACAAAGCAACUACUAGAGCCAAUUCACUGUUGGAGAAAAUAAAUUUAUUGGAGAAAAAUGCUCAAGAGUAUAAACAUCAGUCGAUAUUUAUCAAUGAAAAUAAAUCAAUGGACCUGGAUAAGUCAAUUGAUUUAAAAAUAAUGCAAGAUAAAUACGAAGAAAAAAUAUCUGAGUUAACGAGAUACGUCAAAGUCCACCAGAAACUGUCUAACAAGUGGAAAGAAGAGGCCCAGUCAUUAGCCGAUAAAUUUCAAAGCCGUUACAAAGAACUCCGUUCAAAAGUCAGUAUAUUAAAAAAUGAAAACGAAGAACUUAAUAAAGAAUUAGUGACUUGUCGACAACAGAUAGUCGCUGUACAACGUGCUCACUUGAUGGAAAGAUACGAUCAUGGUGAAGGUGCAAGGUGACAGAGCUUUAAAUUCAUUUCAACCGCAAGUAGUGGUAAACUUAUUAUUAUUAUUAUUAUAUUAUAGUUUAUGAGAGUAUACUUUAGUAAUUAAUAAUUAGCAAGAAUUAGAAUUGACACACGCCGUGAAUAAACUGGGGAACCAAUAAAGCUUUCCAUUUUCAUCCUGGUCA